AUGCCGCCUAUGAUUGAUUUCCCGACUGACUUGUCAACAAAUUCAGGCAGGUGUACCAUCGGCCUCUUACGCAUAACCAUCCGCAUUUCACUCUCACAUAUCAUCAGAUCAAGCCUCUCGAUGUUGAAAGCGUACAAGAACCUGUCCCCCAAGACGCGUCUGGGUUUCGGCGUGGCUGUCCUUGCCUGGGGCGGGGCAGGACUCUACCUUUCAGACCGGGCUGAGGAGAAAUACAAGCCGACACCACAGGAAAAGGCUGUCGUCGACAAAUACGUUCCUAAAGUCCAUGUCGUGGACAAGUCGUGA